UUUCCGGAGGCUUGGGAAACUGACCAGUGAAAUAGAGGUGACUUUGAGCAGUAGAUCAGGUGGAGAUUUAAAGUUGUCAUUGUGCCAUCUGAAUAAAUCCUCACUUAAUGUACAAUGUCGACAGCGGUGACGUACUAAUAUGGAGGGACGAAGGAGCGAUGGAAGGUGUCUUAAGAUCACAGUGUGUAUUCAAGCGGUUCUUUUCAGAUUCGGGGUCUUUUAAGUUCAUUAGCUGCUGUUUUAGUGCGUUACAGUGUGUUACAUUGAGAAAGCGAAUACACUGCUUGCAGAUACAGACACUUACCAACAGGUGGCGAUAGACCCGACCCCACAACUAGAGAACCGAAUCACAGCCUUACUCAAAAAUCUUCAAAAAUCUGGAGAAUUAAACAAGAGAGACUUCCAAAAAAUGAAACCAGAUGGAUCCAACACACCACGCUUCUACGGACUACCAAAAAUUCACAAACCAUGAGCCUCCCUCAGACCCAUAGUCUCGCUACCCGGAACACCAACCUACAGAUUAGCAAAGAACUACACCAAAGACUAAAACACCUAGUGGAAGACUCACACCACUCUAUUCGCUCCACCCAAGAAUUCCUGAACACCAUCAAAGACACCAAGAUAGAAGAGGAUGAAAUAAUGGUCUCUUUUGACGUAACAGCCCUGUUCACAUCCAUCAACAUCAACCUGGCCAAAGAAACAUUGACUACACUAUUAGAAGAACCAAAGACACAUACACCAGACACCACCAACCUCACCAGCAAGGACAACAUCAUCAAGCUAGUGGACCUAUGCCUCACCAUCCACUUCACUUUCAAUGACAAAACCUACAGACAAACCAACGGUACACCCAUGGUGUCUCCGAUAUCAGGAUUCUUAGCAGAGGCAGUAAUGCAGAGACUCGAACAAACAGCUCUGCCAAUCAUCCAAACCAAACUUUGGGUCUGCUACGUGGAUGACACCUUUGUCAUCACUGAACAAAACAAAUUAGAGGAAACCUUCAAGACCAUCAAUAAUACCCUUACCGGCAUAACAUUCACAAAAGAGGAGGAAAACAACAACAAACUGCCAUUCCUAGAUGUCACAGUAGAGCGAACAGUCAAUGGGGAACUUCAAACCAGCGUCUACAGGAAAACAACACAUACGGACCAAAUACUGAACUACAGGACCAACCAUCCCAACACCCACAAACGAAGCUGCAUUAGAACAUUAUUCCAACGAGCCACCACACACUGCAGCACAGAGGAACUACGAAGAGCAGAAGAAAAUCACCUAUACAGCGUAUUCAAAAAGAAUGGGUACCCUAUGAACACAGUCCGCCGAUUUCUCAGCAACAAACCCAAACAAACAGACAAAACGGGCCCUGAAACCAUAAUCACUCUCCCCUACAUCAAAGACAUUUCGGAAAUGAAUGCCAGACUACUCGGACCUCUUGGCAUCAUGGUAGCCCACAAACCCACCAACACACUAAAACAGCAGCUAAUGAACUUAAAAGACCCUAUACAGACAACAAGCAAAACGAACGUCAUCUACAAAAUACCUUGCCAGAAUUGUGACAAACAUUACAUUGGACAAACUGGCAGAAAGCUAGCCACCAGGAUACACGAACAUCAACUAGCCACAAAACGACAUGACCCGCUAUCACUGGUAUCCUUACAUACAGAUGAGGAAGGACACCACUUUGAUUGGGACAACGCAUCCAUCCUACGACAAGCCAAACAGAGACACGCAUGAGAAUUCCUUGAAGCAUGGCAUUCCAACCGGAACUCCAUCAACAAACACAUUGAUUUGGAGCCAAUCUACCAUCCUCUGAGAGAAAGAACAGGAAAUGACAUCACCAACACAGGAAAUGACAUCACCAACCCAAGGAAACCUAAACAGAUAAAUAAAAAGCGGGACAUAACACCAGCGCUUCACCGGAGACUCACUGAUGAUGUUACCUAGAUUGGUGACGAAACGUCUGAAAACUAACCUUCCAGCUCAGCGAGCAAACUCACACCCAGUAACUCAACCUGAGCUACAAAUUUUCUCAAAACAUGUUAAUUUAAUCCUGCCAGAUUAGCUCUAGAAAGUCUCCUCACAAGGAUAUUUGUCCCUUUCCAGUUCAAGUGCAACUUGUGCAGGUCCUUUCCACCACAGAAGAGAUGCCAAUGAUCUAAAAAUCUGAAUAAUCCUGUAUAAACUCAGCAACCUUUCAGAGCAGCAUCAGGUACAAGUCUCUUGCUGACUCUCACUCUGACCAAGAAGACAAUCAGCUACUCAGUGGUUAGAAAUGCUUCAGCUUCUGAUGACCAGCACAAGCAACUGGUGGAGGAGCCAUUCCUGGGGUAUGAAUGGAGGUAUUUCAAUUAGCCUCAGUAUCUCUGAUCUGUGGAAAAAGAGAACCAACAAGGAGGAUAGCUGAAAGGUACUCAUGGUUAACAAAUUGUUCUAAUUGUUUUUUCCAGUGUUAACAGAUGUCAUUGUCAUCGUAAGGAAGAGAAACAUCAAUCCAGUAGCAUCUGGGCCUCACAGGGGCCAAGUGAUACAGAGAGCACUUAGAACUUUGGCUCUGCAUUAUUUACUCAUUCGAGAUGAAACUCUGACAACAGCAACAAUUCUGGAACAAGAAGAAGAGAAUAAAGGGAGUUUUAGGGAGAUGCAUGUAUAAGAUUGAGGGAAUUGUUAAACCUGACUGAUGGCUACAGAAGUAUAGUGGAGAAUGCAAGGCAGAAGAUCAGAAGUUUGGAAAUUAGAAAACCUCCAAAAGACUCCAGGUAUUCUGUACAGACAUUUGCACAAUCCCAUUCACUGUUUAUUGAGACAUAACAUUUAUAUAAAAUGA